AUGGGUUUAGACCACAUAUUCGUCCCUACGUAUGUCGUGGGAUUUUUUAUUGUCCUCAUAGUGGAGAUCAUUAUUGGGACUCUGACCAAUGGAUUCAUUGUAUUUGUCAAUUUCCAUGACUGGUUGAGAGGGAAACCCCUGAACACUAGUGACCAGUUAGUGGUGUCUCUGGCUCUCUCGAACACUUGCGCCUCUUGUGCAAAUGCCGCUAUCAUUGUGUGUGCAGUUUAUUAUACUGAUAUUUUCCUGGUCUACUAUGUAUUUUGCACAUUAUAUUCCAUCAUGUCCUACUGCAUUUUCUCCAGUUCUUGGCUUUCUGCCUGGCUGUGUUUAUUCUUCUGUCUAAAGAUAAUUAGCUUUAAAAGCGGCUGUUUUGCAUGGAUGAAGACGAAGGUCGCAACGAUCGUUCCAUGGCUGAUUCUCUUGUCCCAAGUUCUGUCCUUCUGCUUAAGCAUUCCUUUCUUUUUUUCAUUUACCCAAGUGUUUGAACCCAAUUCCACAGCUGAGACCGGGACCAAUUACACUUCUGGGGUUGUCGUUGGAUAUGAAAUGAAUUCUUUGUAUAAUUUUAUUUCAAUGUUUGUGAAUUGCUUCAUCCCAUUUCUGAUUGUAAUGAUCACGACUGGCCGAAUCAUUGCGUCACUCCACAACCACGCCCGUCAUAUGAGACAGAAUAUGGAGGAUGACCGUGGUCCAAGCGUAAAGGCUCACCAGGGGGCUGCCCGCACUAUGAUGUCACUCCUUUUCCUUUAUCUCAUUUUCUAUGUGGUAGAACUUGGGAUUGGGUUCCUAACAAUGUUGAACCCAAUAUUCUGGAUUUGUUUUGUGCUCAUUUUCUCUUUUCCCACUGUACAGUCCUUUAUAGUUAUCAUGGGGAACGUCAAGCUCAAGCAGAUGUGCUUAAAAUUACUGAAGAAUAGUGGAAAUAAGCAAUAG